CCGUGCUCCCGUUCGGCGGUGGGGUGGGGGGCUGUGGGCUGACAGACCGAACAAAUAAAUACCAGCUACGCCCGGCGUCUUCCCGUCACUUCACCAGCUACAUCGCCGGCCCAAGGAGGUCCCGCCGUAUUUGCCAACCGUACUUCUAACGAUCACAUCUCACUAAUCAACCAUGGCCCCCAAAUACAAGCUUCACUAUUUCGAUGUCACCGCUCUCGGUGAGCCCAUCAGAUUCCUGCUUUCUUAUGGCAACCUUGACUGGGAGGAUAUCCGUUACGAUGAUGCUAAGUGGGCAGAGUCUAAAAGCAAAAUGCCCUUUGGACAGAUGCCCGUUUUAGAUAUUGAUGGCAAGAUUUAUGCUCAAUCAACUGCCAUUAGCAGAUACUUGGCUAAACAGGUGGGAUUAUCUGGCAAGGAUGAUCUUGAGAAUCUCCAGAUUGAUCAAGCUGUUGAUCUCUUCCAUGACUUCCGUCAAAAGAUUGGUGGUUGGUUCUAUGACCCCAUUCCUGAAAGUAAGGCAGCUAAGGAGAAGGACCUGAAGGACCAAGUAACUUUCUACCUGAAGAAGUUUGAACAAAUUGUAAAGGACAACAAUGGCUUCCUUGUCAAUGGAAAGCUCACCUGGGCAGAUGUCUACUUUGUCGCACCUCUAAAAUACUUCAAGUUCAUCUACGGAAGUGACUUUACUGAGGGUUAUCCCGCUCUGCAAGAGUUGGUCAAGAAAGUAGAAGCCACCCCUGCCAUUGCCAGCUACAUUGCUAAGCGCCCCGCCGGUGAUCGUUAAAAGUAUUUUAUUUUUUUUAAAAGAACCUAUUCUCAUACAAUAAACGUACUAAGAUUUUUACAAAAA